AUUUCAGUGGGCCAGCAAAAUUGGACAAGUUUCGUAAGUGAAAGUUCUAUAUUUCUCCAUCUAGAUCAAUACCAUUAAGAAAUAUUUUUGACUUUCUGUUGUUGUUGUUGUUGUAAAUUUUUGAAGAAUUUGAAUCAAAAUGGCGAAGGAAAUUAAUUGGAUUGGUUUUUUCGUGCUGCUGAAGUUUGUUUUUGCCGUCGCGGGAAAUGCUGAAACCGUGGACGAUUCAGCGGUUUCAGUGCUGCUGAAAAGUCGGAUUUCAAGUUUCGUCGAUGACGUCAAACCUCGCGCGAAACCAGAUCUGUUUCAAGGGAAGGUUUCUGGUUUUAAAAAUAACAUAAAUUCAGACUUCAACAAACAAAAAAUUCGUUAUGAGCGACGAGCCGAAAUUGAAGAAAAAAUUCCCGUCGGAAAUUCGCGAGGAAAUCGCAUUAGACGCCAAGUGAAUGGCAGCGAGCCAAUGGCAGCGCUGGAGUGUGGCAGGACUUGCCACUGCUACAGGAUAAACAAGACCAUUUAUGAAGAGGAAUAUCGCGUCAUCUGCAACAACACCGCUCGCCAGACUGUGCUGCUGACGUCAUCGGUGUUCGGGGGUGAAGCUCCCCCCUCCCUCAGCCUGCAAGUGUACGUGCGGGUCGUGGGUGUCACGGGGCUGGUGGUGACCCGUGGCUUCGUGGGGAGGUGGGGUGCCCACACCUCCUGCGCCCUGGACCUGUGGGAUGUGGGGGAUAUUGUCCUCCCCCACGGCCCCAUCCCUAGAGCCCCCACGGAGGCCUACACGCAUGUUUUUGCAGGUUUAGGAAUCANUCUAGAUGUGUAUAAGAGACAGGGUGUUAGCGGCGCUUUUGGUUUUUAG